UGCUCUGUAAGUUGGGCUCCUGAAACCACCAUGCAUUUAAAGGCUGGAUUCAAAAUCACGCAUUCAGAAACAGCAGCGGCGCAGUCCCAGAAGAGCAGGGAGUGAUUUCUGACCAGAACUCCUCCCCAGCAUCAGAGUUCUUGGGCUUUCAUUUCCUCUAAGAACUUGGCUGCGCAGGACAACACACUUUGUUUUGCAGCUUUGCAGCCUUUGCUAAUGGUCCCCUUCCUCCCGUGACAAGAUAUCCUCACUGGCUGCUCUGUCCAAAGCCAUAGCCCAGUUGCCAGACAACCUCCCUGGAGUGCUUUUAAUUAGUUUUUAAUUUAAGUUCCCAGAAUCACUGUCAUGGGCAGGGCACAAAUGGGGCUCUGGCCGUUCUGAGGAGGAUCGGGGUCUUUGGAGGGCAGAGUAACCCCCAGCAUAGGAGCUGCAUUUAGAACGUGCUGGCCUAGCUGGGGCCGUACCUGCAGCUAUGCUUGUUACUGACAUCCUCCUGAGCACUGUAUCAGUUUGCAUCCCUGUGAUGAGUGCUCCUCAGGCUGCCCAAUCGUGGUGGUCAGAAUGUGAUGGCGAGUGGUCCAGGAGAAGAUCUGACAUGCUGUUGUGUCCCAGUACCUGCUGAAGGUCCCUGAGAUGAAAGGAGAUGUGGCACGGCUAUUCCUGGGUCAGUUUGUACCGAACACAAAUGUGAAGGAAUCUGCUAGAGAAUGAGUCUGUCUGUGAGUGACUGCAGUCAUGCUGCAAUUGCUCCCAUUUUGGUGUCCUCUCCUUGAGAGCUGCCCUCGUGGAGACCUUUCAGACUGUGGUCAGAGAAUGUAAUACUUAGAAGAGGACUGAGCACCCUCAAUAAGGCACCGAUCUCUAUUAGAGCUGAAGAUGGACAUAUUGCACUGAAUCCCUUUGUGGCAAGAAGAAAACAUACAGCAGGAAAUCGUGGUUCACACGUGUCCACUCAACAGCACGAUGUCUGGAGAGGGCAAAGAUGGUGCUGCAGGCAAUGUGUGCCCAAUAGACUCUGAGUUUCGCUACAGCCUCUUCACUGUUUUCUACAGCAUCAUUUUCAUUCUGGGCUUUGUCGCCAACUGCUACGUGCUCUGGAUUUUCAGCCAUAUUUACCCCACUAAGAAACUCAAUGAAAUCAAGAUAUUUAUGCUGAACCUGACAGUAGCUGACCUGCUCUUCCUGGUUACAAUGCCACUGUGGAUUGUUUACUAUCACAACCAUGGGGACUGGAUCAUGCCCAAGUUCCUCUGUAAUGUGGCUGGCUGUUUAUUUUUCGUGAACACCUACGCUUCUGUUGCCUUUCUGAUGGUCAUUACAUACAACCGUUACCAAGCUGUGACGAAUCCCAUUAGAGCAGCUCAGUUUACCACCCAGAGAAGGGGUAUCUUUCUAUCAGCAGCUAUCUGGAUCAUAACAGUGGGCAGUGCUUUGUAUUAUUUUUUUGAUGAUAAUACGAAUGUGGAGAAAAUUGGCUCAAAUAAUUAUACACGUUGCUUUGAGCGCUAUGACUCUACUGGCGAUGUUACACCUGUUCUUGCGAUUCAUGUCAUCAUCUGCACCCUCUUCUACAUCAUUUUCCUAUUUAUCCUAGCUUGGAACAUCAUCAUUAUCAGGACUCUGUUCUCCAAAUCAGGACAGCAGCGGAAGAACGCUCAUGUAAAGCAAAGGGCACUCUGGAUGGUUUGCACCGUGCUGGUUGUGUUCAUCAUAAGCUUUGUGCCUCAUCACAUUGUGGACGUGCCCUGGACACUGACUGUGCUGGAGCAAUGGAAGAAGGAAAACUGUCGCUUGCGCCAGCAGCUCAAUGAUGCUCACCAGGUGACUUUGUGCCUCAUGAGUAUGAACUGCGUGUUGGAUCCAGUCAUCUACUGCUUCCUCACCAAGAAGUUCCAGAAGCACGUAUCACAAAAUCUGAAAAGCAUGAAAGGGAGUCGCAAGUGCUCCAGGCAAACCACAGAUACGGUGAUUGAGGGCACCAAUCACCAAGAGGAUGCCAUUGGGUUCUAGGUCAGUCGGUUUUGAUUGCAGAGACUGAGGUGCAUGAAUGAGUCACUCAUCUUUUCUCAAACGAAGGCACAGAGGGACAUGCCAGGACCAGAAUAUUACUUUUCAUUUUUCCUGUAAGACAGAAGAAGGAACACCCAUUUGUGACAGGACAAGAGGCAAUGUGCAUCAACUGGAACACAGGAGGUUCGCCCUGAACAUGAGGGAGAACUUUUUAAUGUGAGGCUGACGGAGCACUGGCACAGGUUGCCCAGAGAAUCUCCUCCUUGGAGAUCUUCAUAAGCCACAUGGAUGUGGUGCUGGACAAGAGGCUCUGGGUGUCCCUACUGAAGCAGGGAUUGGACCAGAUGGACUCAGAUGUCUCUUCCAACCUCUGUCAUUCUAUGAUUUCUUCUAUCACUCUCAACUGGCAGAACUGAAACUUGUAAAAAUCUGUGAGAAAAGCACCUUCUGUCUGUGUUGUGGGCACUGAGAGCAGCUCAGGCAAUCUGCUUUUACUGAGAGAAAUGCAGUGAGUGUCUGCAAUGAGCAAAGUACACUGAAAUUAAACAUUAUGUCAGCCCUGAUAGUACCAUGUGUGGUCCUUUGCCUGCUCAGCUUCCAGGAAAAGUCCAGUAUCAGAACUGUAAGACUUCUAUACAACGUGCUGAGCUGCUAACAUAAUCAAGUAACAUUUCUGAACAGCUGUUAUGAACUGUCUUUGCUCACAGCUUUUGUAUCAGACAAGUCACUGGACAAAGACAACACGAGGAAGAGAAAUUGGCAGUGCCUCAGCCCCCAUCCCACAUCAGCUCCCCAAAGGGGGCUGCUGUCUGCCCUGGUUUAUUGUAUGAUUGCAGAACUGGAAAGUAAGUGGCCUCUUGCACUCAGAUUGGUAGUUUUUGGCUGGCUGGUAUCUUUGAGCCUCUGGAGAUCCCACCUCAUUUUGGAUGCUCUGGGUAACAGAAGAUUGCUGUCAGCAUGGGCAUUAUUAGGAGAAGACAAAAAAAACUUUAAAUGCUUCUCUAUCCUUGUUCAUAUUUAUUUAAAUGAGGAUUGUAAAAAGCAACUGUGCAUUGUCCUUCCUCUAGCCUUUUUAUUUCUGCUACGAAGAAAAGAAGCUGACUGGUUCUUGAUAAUCUACCACAAAUGAAGUAUUAGGUUGGGUCAUGGCACUUUUUGAGUAAAUCAGUGAUGCAUAGUGAUGCAGUGCACUUUUCAGAGAUGUAAUUAAUGCAAUUGUGAAAGACGAGACUCCUCACUCAGGGCUGGCAGCAGCCAGCAGGGCCCUAGGGUAGUUUUCCAGGGGUGCCCAUUUCUGUUACAAGUCAUGAGACAGUUGAGGUUUCUUUUUCUGACUGUAGUUACUCAAUCCAGCACAGGAAAUUGGGCAGGGCAAAGAAGGGAAGCUACUUGUUUUUAACAAUCAUUUUUUGGUUCCUCAAACUACAUGGGAGAGUCUGUGUGGUAAUAUAAGAAAAGUCUAUCUGACAUGGCAAUACUCAUGAUUUGUAUGCGUUGUCAGCAGCCUUUGUAUGCCCACCAGUUAUGAGGUGAAGGUGAAAGAUGAGCUUUCCAAAUAUAGGACCAACAUUACUAUCA